AUGGAGGGAAACGGCAGGGACCAGGAGAACACUGACGACGCUCCCAUUAGACCCGUGUCCUCUUUGCUCUCACACUUUGAGAAUCUCUCCCAUAAUCAGCCUCGAGCCUCGUCUGCAUUUGGUACUAGUCCACGCGACUCCUCUACUCGCUUUCUGAGGACCCCCGAACCUGGCGACGAGCCCCGAUCCAGCCGUGCCUCCUUGGAUUUACCUCGGCCAUGUUCCCCAUGGACUACAGCGGUCGAUGAGAGACCCGGUCGUGAGAAUGGACAGAAUAAUGGUGAACAGUUGCGCGCACGCGGAUCCCCCGGAGGUCGAUAUGGCCGGCCCAUUUCGAUGAGCAUCCACCACUCGUCGCCCCAGCUUCCGCCUACAUUGACCGUACAUUCUCCCAAAUCACCGCCGCGGAGCUUGGAGCGAGAGCGCCGCUCCCCUCCUCAGGAUGAUCGUCGUAUAUCCAGAAGCUCUAUCUACUUCCCCCGGGAGUCGGUGUCCGCAGGGGUCUCCCCUUCGCCCCAGGCUCGUCCAGUGACGCCCCAGUUUAGAUCAUCCGUGGCUGUGGGGGAGGCACCGGGGCGGCUGUCGCCGGGUGCGCACGCGGCGAAUGGGCGUAGCAGCCCAGCAGAUCGGAAGCUGAAAAGUGCAUCAUUGCCCCCGCCAGCAAACCGGGCUGAGAAGCCGAAGAUUCCCGCGAAGCCCGCUAUGUUCUCCAACCCGGAUACUGGCAGCCUAGCGCCCCGCCAGGAUAGACCGGCAGUGGAUGAUCAUGUAUCCCCAUUUAGCACUCCACCCAGUAGCCCGGAGAAGGUUCCGCUUAAGCCGAUGUCUACUGGAAAGCUUCCCCAGAAACCACCUGGACGACCUAUUACGGAACCCCCCAGUCGGCGCUCUUUCGAUGAAAGGCCACCAGGACCACCAGCGCCCGUAAGGCCUGAUCCCAGGGAUCUAGGGUUCUCUAGGACUCGAACGGGUCUCGAACCUUCGCGAGCUACUAAGCCCUUGUCGGUACAAAUCCCGCCUCCAUCCCCUGGGUUUAUCGACCCUGCGUCAACGGCUCCGCCACUCUCUGCGCAGAGGGUCCGAGCCAGUGACAGUCCUUGGGAUCGUCCAGGGCUACCGCCGAGGUCAGCAUCUACGGCAGUGCGUCGAAGAGGACCUUCACCCGCUAGAGACCCUUCACAGAUGGUGGGGAGCCCAGCUCAAAUGACGCCCAUUGCCCGAUCUGCGCCUUCAUUCCCGCCUAUCACCAAAGAAACUCAAGCUUCACGUCAGAUUGUGCGGCAACAGUCAUUACCGCGCGAGUCGCACAUGCCUUCUUACCCAGAGCGGCGUGUGGUUCGAACGGAUACGGAAGAGGAGGAGCCAAUGGCUGAUGAGGGCCCGGUUUCAAGGACGGACUAUCCAGAUGCCUCGCAGGCCAAUAGACGCCCUCCUCUUUUCAAGACAGGACCUAGAGAGAUCCCCACACGGUAUGACACCCGACUGCUAGCCGUGUGUGGUAAGUAUGUCUGUACGGCUGGUUAUUUGACUCGCGUUUGGGAUCUCACGACUGGCGAGCAAAUAAUGAGCCUCAGUCACGGUGAGACAGUGAAAAGCUUGUCGCUAGCCUUCAAGCCAGGCACAGCACUUGAAGAUGAAGGACAACGCAUUUGGCUUGGGACCAGUGCAGGGGAGCUUCAUGAAGUUGAUAUUCUGACCGGUGCCAUCGUGGCCUCUCGGUCGUAUCCAUCCCGUCGUGAAGUCAUUCAGAUCCUGCGCCACAAGAAAGAAAUGUGGACGCUAGACGAUGAAGGGCGGCUGCUGGUAUGGCCGCCAGAUGAGACUGGUACGCCUAAUUUGCAGUAUAGCUAUCACAGCCCUCAUGAGCGUGUUGCACGAGGUCACACAUUCUCGAUGGUUGUGGAUGACAAGUUAUGGUUGGCGUCUGGAAAAGACGUUUAUAUCUAUCGUCCCAACGCAAGGGAAGACUCUGCAUUUAAAGUGCUGAAGCGGCCACUGGGACAACAACACUCCGGGGAUGUAACGUCUGGCACCUAUACCACUCAGGAUGGGGGUCGCGUAUAUCUCGGACAUGCGGAUGGCAAAGUCACCGUAUACUCAUCAACGGACUACUCCUGCUUGGCGGUGGUGAAUGUGAGUGUCUACAAGAUCAACUGCCUCGGCAUGGUGGGAGACUACCUUUGGGCAGCGUAUAAAACGGGGAUGAUCUACGUCUACGAUGUCAAGACCAAUCCUUGGACGGUGAAGAAGGAUUGGCGUGCCCAUGACAGUCCCGUCAGCGCCUUCGUGCUGGACACAAGUAGCGUGUGGACAAUGAAUCGUCUUCAGGUGACGUCGCUCGGAACAGAUAAUUGUAUCCGGCUUUGGGAUGGUAUGCUGGAGGAUGACUGGCUUGAGAACCGGAUGCAAACAAGAGAUGUCGAGUUCUGCAAGUUCCGCGAGAUUCGGAUGGUUAUCAUUACUUGGAAUGCGGGUGCUUCGACGCCUGGAAGUGUCCGCACGUCGGAUUUCAUCCGAGAUGCUGUUCAUCCGGAGGAUCCGCCUGAUAUUAUUGUCUUUGGGUUCCAGGAGUUGGUUGACCUUGAGAACAAGAAGAUCACAGCGAAGAGCUUGUUGCUUGGAAGCAAGAAAAAGGAAAAUGGAGAGAAAGAACAUAUGAGUCGGCAGUACCGGGUUUGGAUUGAUCAUCUCACUCGGUCUCUUCACGAGUGCAUGCCUCUCGAGGAGUCAUACGUUCUUCUUCAUACUUCGAACAUGGUUGGCCUCUUCACUUGCGCGUUUGUUAAGCACAAGGAACGCCACAAUAUCAGCAACAUCAGCGCAUCGGAGAUCAAGCGAGGAAUGGGAGGAUUGCAUGGUAAUAAGGGUGCCUUGAUCUUCCGCUUCGUCCUCGACGAUAGUUCGAUGUGCUUUGUCAAUUGCCAUCUUGCGGCUGGACAGACUCAAACUGCUCAUCGUAACAACGAUAUUGCGGCCAUCCUUGAAGCCGAGACUCUGCCACCCGAGAACAGUCUUACAGCUCGCACCGAUCAGUUCGCUAGUGGCGGUGACGGUUCGAUGAUCAUGGAUCACGAGAUCUGUAUAUUGAAUGGGGACUUGAAUUAUCGCAUUGAUGCCAUCCCACGCAAUGUCAUCAUCGACGCUGUUCGUCAGAACAAUCUCCCCAAGCUUCUUGAACGCGAUCAACUCUUGGCUUCUCGACGGAAAAACCCAGGCUUCCGACUCCGCAGCUUCACCGAGGCGCCCAUCACCUUUGCACCCACGUACAAAUACGAUGUCGGCACUGACCAAUACGAUACGAGCGAGAAGAAGCGCUCCCCCGCCUGGUGCGACCGCGUUCUCUACCGUGGCCUGGGUCGCGUCAAGCAGCUCGAGUAUCGUCGGCUUGAAGUCCGUGCCUCCGACCAUCGGCCCGUCAGUGCGACCUUCAAGGUUCGCGUUAAGACAGUCUUGCCGCAGGAACGCGCCGUGGCUUGGGAAGCGUGCCAGCAGGACUUUCAGAAUGAGAAGCGCCGGUUGGCUUCUGAGGCUAGCAUCGAGUAUCUCAUUACUGUCCUUGGCACCGAUCCUCGCCAGGCUCGUGGCUUGAUCCUUGGCAAAGGUCAAUAG